AUGGACCGUUUUCGCAUGGCGAUCUCACAUUGUGGUUUUUUGGACUUAGGCUAUUGUGGAUCUCCAUUCACAUGGUCGCGGAACCAUCCCACUGAGGGUCGCAUUAGCAUACGCCUAGACAGGGCGCUUGCCACCGCUGCAUGGAAAUCCAAAUUCACCGGAGUAUCAGUUCAACACCUUUCAAUGUCCACCUCAGACCACUCCAUGAUUGCAGUACAUUUGCCACCCUCUAAGACUCGGCUCAAACGUUCUCGACCACCUUUCUGCUUUGAAGCAAUGUGGCUUCGUGACCCACGUUGUGCUGAAAUAGUGGAGGAGGCAUGGAUGGAAGGACUAUACAACCCAAAUGGUGCCCCAAGCCUUGAAAGUUGUAGAGCUCGGCUAUCUACAUGGAACAAAACUGAGUUUGGGCAUGUCGGAAGGCAGAUUGCAAGGUUGGAAAAGGAAUUACAAUCUCUAGAACAACAUCACCAUCCUAACCAUGAAAAGAUUGAAGAGGUCCGUAAAGCUUUGAAUUGCUAG